AUAGCAGAGGAGCCUUAUGUGGGGCUCGAUCCCAGAACUCCGGGAUCAUGCCUUGAGCCGAAGGCAGACGCUUAACGACUGAGCCACCGAGGCGCCCCACUCUCCACUUUAAAAAACUAUUCGAAUCUUGUUCUUUCCAGCUCUUUUACCAGUGAGCCAUCCAUUAGCCAUUGGCCACGAGUCAGCAUGGAUAUAUACCUUGGGCAUGCAUUUCUCCUGACACCAUAUACACUGCUCAGAAUUGUGCCCUAUGGGAGGAGUUCCCUUCACCACUCUGUCAGGACCACCCCUGAAUAGAGCUACAUUGUCCCAUUUCUGGUUGGGGCUAGAGUACCAUGCAUGUCCAUUCAUAAAUGGGCAUGUCUUUUCCCUCCUCUGCUAACUGGUCGUAGGAUCUUCUCCACGAGCGUGUGGUAAGAGAGCUCACGAGGAAGAUGCUACAAGUACCAGGUAUUCCUGAGGUUUACUUGUGCCUUCCAGACCUUUUCAGGCCCAGUCUUGCUUUUAACAUACCAGGUGGAAUGCUUUUGUACAGUCCAGUUUUACGAAUCAGUCAGUCAGAUAAUACUGUUCAUGACAGGCUGUUCUUAUUACAUAGUCCCUUGGUUUCCCAUGGGCAGGUAUGUAAUCUUUGCCUGAGCUCAGUAGCAAGCCAGGAACCAAAUGGACAAAACUUACUGACAGUACCCUAAGGAGUCUAUAACUCUUAUUCUUCUCCUGAUGCUUGUCAGAGGCUCCUUACCCCAUCCCCAUCUGCCGUGUCAUUUGUAGUACUAGUGGGUGUGCUAAGGCAUAGCCCCAAGAGUUAGGGAAGCUUUUAUUGCUGAAGAACCUUCUCUUGAAUCAGGCCCCAGUAAAAACCGGCAGCCUCAUGGGUUGCCCAGUAUAUAAGCCAUAGCAGCAUAUCCAAAUAUGAAGCUCACAGUUGUGUUAUGUCUUUCUUAGUGAACAUAGUGCCAAGUGUAGCAAUUUUAUUUUAGUUGGAAUAUCCUGCCUCAGACCUCUGGAACCAUAGAAACCAUCUGUGUGGUACAUCCUUAACUUCCAUGCGUUUUAUCCUUCAUCCUCUGGUUUGUACAUGUGUCUUACAAACGCAUCCUGAGUGCUUGCUACUUCUUGUUCACCUGAUCCAGUGAACAUAAUGCCAUCCAUGUGAUGGACCAGUGUGGUGAUCUGUGGGGUAUGGAGAUAACCGACGUCCUGCCUGCCUGUAUCAUGGCAGUGCAGAAAUAGCCCUCAGGUAAAACAUUGAAGGUGCACUGCUUUUUGUGGCACUUGGUGGCAAAUUGCAUCGUAUUGUUCUUACUGAUGAUGAUAGAAAAGAAAGCAUCUGCCAGGUCAGUAGUUAUCUACCAGAUACCAGAGGUUAUGCUCAUUUUCUCCAGCACUUAGAAGUGCAGCCGUGAUUGGCCUCUCCAUCUGUUGUUAUGUUCCAGGAUCUUUCUGGCUUUGGUCCAGGUAAACAGGCAAGUUAAAAGGAGAUACAAUAGGAAUCAACGCCUCUGUAUCCUUCAAUGUUUUUGAUAGUAGUACUGAUUUCUUCUCCCGUGGAUGUGGUACAGCUUUUGAUUUACCUUCAUAGUGGGGAAAGGGGAAGAGUUCCAAAGGUUUCUUCAUGGCCCUUUCUUCCGUAUGACCUUUAUGACAUAGGACAGGAACCAAUGUGAGGACUUGGCCAGUUACUAAGUAUAUCCAUUUGCACAAAAAUUUUAGGACUAGGGAAAUAGCCACAGGAUGGGCCUAUGGUCCCAUUGUACCCACCAUGAGAUACCAGGGUUGACUUCAUCACUCAUCUCUUUUCUGGAAUGAGAUAGGUGCUGUGACUGGUGGCCAUGUUUUGGAUCUUCAGGGAUUAGUGUCAGUUUAGACCUAGUAUCUAGUAACCCUUGGAAGGACUAUACAUUUCUCUUUCCCCAGUGGGCAGUCACCCUUGUGAAUGGCUGCAGGUCUCUCUCAGGGAAGGUCUGGAGAAAGAUUGUUGGGAUACACUUGCGGCCAUGCAUAGGAUCACAGUAAUCUCAUAUUUAGUCCUCCUUGGUCUAAUAUCCUUUGAAUGUACUCCCAUAUAUGUGCCUCAGACUCCUGCUGGUAAAAAUUUCUGAGAUUCUGCAGAUUUUUCAGUAUAAAGGCAGUCUCUUCCCAGAAUUGGCUUUGAACUUCUUCCUGGGUUCUUGUAGGAGCUCUCAUUAGGGUACAAUGAGGGGUGAUAGGAAUAGGUUGUGAGGAGAAUAGGCAUCCCCCUAAGUGCUGGGCUCUAUACUUAUUUGCCUACUAUACAUGGUACCUUGUAUGAAACAACUUACCCUGCUUCCCAGCUCUUUCCCCCUCGUCUAUUCCUGAUGCCACUUAAUGUCAUACUUUAUUGUCCCUUCCAGAGGGAAGACCUGAGACAUGAUAUUCUCCUCUAGUUCUGCUCCUGUGGACCGUGCACAGUUGCAUGAUGGAAUUUGAAUAUUACCUCGAGAGGUUUUAUGUUUUGGAUUAGCUAUAACUGUGUUUGUCCUCUGCUGACCAUUUCUUCGGACUCAUUUUUUGAUGUCCUUUUGAGGCAAUAAACUCCAAGGGAUUAUAACAUGGACUACAAGGAAAGCUGCCCAAGUGUAAGCAUUCCCAGCUCUGAUGAACACAGAGAGAAAAAGAAGAGGUUUACUGUUUAUAAAGUUCUGGUCUCAAUGGGCAGGAGUGAGUGGUUUGUCUUCAGGAGAUAUGCAGAGUUUGAUAAGCUUUACAAUACUUUAAAGAAACAGUUUCCUGCUAUGGCCCUGAAGAUUCCUGCCAAGAGAAUAUUUGGUGAUAAUUUUGAUCCAGAUUUUAUUAAACAAAGAAGAGCAGGACUGAAUGAAUUCAUUCAGAACUUAGUUAGGUAUCCAGAACUUUACAACCAUCCAGAUGUCAGAGCAUUCCUUCAAAUGGACAGUCCAAAACAUCAGUCAGAUCCAUCCGAAGAUGAGGAUGAAAGAAGUACUCAGAAGCUACACUCUACCUCACAGAACAUCAACCUGGGACCAUCUGGAAAUCCUCAUGCUAAACCAACAGACUUUGACUUCCUGAAAGUUAUUGGAAAAGGCAGCUUUGGCAAGGUUCUUCUUGCAAAACGGAAACUGGAUGGAAAAUUUUAUGCUGUCAAAGUGUUACAGAAAAAAAUAGUUCUCAACAGAAAAGAGCAAAAACAUAUCAUGGCUGAACGUAAUGUGCUUCUGAAAAAUGUGAAACAUCCAUUUUUGGUUGGAUUACAUUAUUCUUUCCAAACAACUGAAAAGCUUUAUUUUGUUCUGGAUUUUGUUAACGGAGGGGAGCUGUUCUUCCACUUACAGAGAGAACGGUCCUUUCCUGAACACAGAGCUAGGUUUUAUGCUGCUGAGAUUGCCAGUGCAUUGGGUUACUUGCACUCCAUCAAAAUAGUAUACCGAGACUUGAAACCAGAAAAUAUUCUUUUGGAUUCAAUAGGACAUGUUGUCUUAACAGAUUUUGGACUUUGUAAAGAAGGAAUUGCUAUAUCUGACACGACAACAACAUUUUGUGGGACACCAGAGUACCUUGCUCCUGAAGUAAUCCGAAAACAGCCCUAUGACAAUACUGUAGAUUGGUGGUGCCUUGGUGCUGUUCUGUAUGAAAUGCUGUACGGAUUGCCUCCUUUUUAUUGCCGAGAUGUUGCUGAAAUGUAUGACAAUAUUCUUCACAAGCCCCUAAGUUUGAGGCCAGGAGUGAGCCUCACAGCCUGGUCCAUUCUGGAAGAACUCCUAGAAAAAGACAGGCAAAAUCGACUUGGUGCCAAAGAAGACUUUCUUGAAAUUCAGAAUCAUCCUUUUUUUGAAUCACUCAGCUGGACUGAUCUUGUGCAAAAGAGGAUUCCACCACCAUUUAAUCCUAAUGUGGCAGGACCAGAUGAUAUCAGGAACUUUGAUGCCGCAUUUACAGAAGAAACAGUUCCAUAUUCUGUGUGCGUGUCUUCCGACUAUUCUAUAGUGAACGCCAGUGUACUGGAGGCGGAUGAUGCAUUCGUUGGUUUCUCUUACGCGCCUCCGUCAGAAGAUUUAUUUUUGUGAACAGUUUGCCAUCCAGAAACCCAUUGAGCAAAAUAUAAGCCUACAGAUGAGACUGAAACUCCUCUUUGUGUGAAUAUAUUCAAAUAUGUUUAACUAGUGCCUCAUUUUUACGUGUAAUGUUAAAAACUAUGAAAAAUGUAUUUUCUGCUGUAUGCAAGAAAAUAGGGCAUUUCAAAGAGCUAAGUUUUGAAUUAAAAUUUGUAUUAUUGUUUAUUAAGCUUAUUUUUAAACAAAUUUUAAAAGCUAUUGUUCUCAGCAUUAACCUAUUUUUAAAGAAAACUUUUUGCUAAUGACUGUUUAUCCCCACUGAGUUUACACUAACAUCUACUCAAGACAGACUAUUUUUCGACAGCCUAUUUCAGUUCGGUUAACAUACAUUAAUGCCUUUGUAACUCUCUACUUUGACCUUUGUUCUCAGAUCAGAACUAUGCAAUUGGUAUAAGAAGAAACCACAUCUUUCCAUGAUAAGUCAUUGUUUGACAUAAUCAGUUCUUGGUAGGAUUAAAAAGUAAAAGCAUAGUUAACACAUGGGCUGUGAGUUAACACUUUGAAUAAGUGUUCAUUCUGCAGAUCAAAUUAAGAAAUAACAAGGAUAUCCAUUGCUUUUGAAAUACCAGUUCAAAUUUGUGAAUUAUUUUUUCUCUGGAAGAAAAGUAAAGUCUUAAUAGUUAGAAAGUUUAAAAUAUUCCCAAAGAUCUGAAGGGUAAUAAAAUACUACUGGAUUUUUUUUAGGUGGUGCCAAAAAUGAAUGUCUCUGUGUCAUGUAUUUAUAUUACAAAUACAUUCUAUUUAUGUUCUUUCUGGUCUCUAUGUUGUUAAGUAGGCCUAAAUCUCAGUAUUUGCUUUUGCAAGCAGCUGUUCAAGACUGUCUUUCUAAUUGGUUAAUGAGUGGAAAAUAUUGAGCCUUCUAGAGUUUUUACCUAAUUAGGAAUUUAAAAAUAGAAUAGCAAAUUCUUGGUCAGUAUAAAUAUAUAUUUCACUACAAUGUAGCAAAAGUUAAAAAAUAAUCCAGGCAGAUGCAAUGUCAGUAUCUUUUUUGUCUUAGAAAAAGUACAGGAAACUGACCUUAAAAUCAUACUAAAAACAAACUAACUGCGUACUUGUCAUUAUAAAAGAGAAUACAGAAAAACUAAAAAAGAAUGCUUAUCUUGGAAUUCGGCUUCUUAGAGUAGAGAUUUUUCAAGUCAUGUAGGAAACAUUGUGAAAGUUUAGGGACCAAGUUUAUAUGUUCCAGGAACAAGCAUUCUUUCCAUGUAUUUUCUCUUGAGAAAGAAAUCACAAAAGCAUUUCACACCAAUACCCUUUGGCUUAAAUAUGUUCAGCAAAAUGUGGGGAGGGGAGUGUGCUUUUGUUAGAUUAAUAAUAUUUGCAUCCAAUACACUGAAUCUUCCUUUAGAGGUAAGACUUUAAUAGCAACACUGUAAAUAUUUGGUUUAUUUGGCACUACUGCAAGUUCUGCUUUUACACCAAGUUCUUUGCUUAUUAUAAAGCAAAAUAAAAACUGUAGCUUCCUGUAUGAUUUUUUUACUCAGCCACUCCUUAAUUAAACUGCCAAAAAUUAAAGUGCAAUAUUGUUUAUUUUUUAGAACAAAUUUAAAAUAUUAUGCUGAUGUUUAUUGGAUCAUAAGAAAUACAAAUCUUACAGUAAAAUAAAACUAGCAAAAAGA